GGAGGCGCAAUGCCAAGUAGUUGGCACCACACGGUCUGGCCGGCCUUCAAUAUCCAUAUCUUUUCAUGGCCACUCCUCUUCCUUCAUUAACCAUCCCUUCUUCCUCUUCCUCGACUCUCCGUUCCUCUUCCUUGCUGCGGAGCGGCCAUUGGGUACCUCGAAAUCGAACAUCCUCACUAAUUCUGAGAUGCGAUUCUACAAUUCCCGGAUCGACGAGUGACGAAUCGGCAAAGGAGCGCGCCGUUCUGCAAAAUUCAAAAGCUUCGUUGGGCAUUGGAUCCCCAAUUGUUGUCAUUGAGGCUCCACCUGCACUGAAAACAGCAGAUUCGAUGCCUUCACUCAAAAUGAACACUGGACAAAUUAAGCCUGGCGACGUUGGGAGAAUAGUUGCAAGGAAACCUAAAGACGUAUGGGCAGUCAGACUAGCUGCAGGCACUUACUUGUUGGACGCUAAGUACUUCACCCCGCUGGACCUCGAAGAAUGAAUGUCCAUGAUGGUUGUGUAGGUGGAGAAACAUAUCCCGAGAAGAAGGUUAAUGAAGCGAGGGAUAGAGCCAUCGCAAACCUGUCAUCGAAGAACUCUUUUUGUUGAGUUGCCCUGCAGCCAUUGCUCGACUUGCUCUGCUGUUACUUCGUAUGCUGGAAGCUAGUCUCGUGGCGAGGAUCAAAUGCAAUAGCAGUCCUUUUUGUCCACAAGGCUCCAGAAUUUGUGCACUCGAUUAGCAUGAGUGAUGAUACAUUUACGUUGCCAAUGCUCUGAUGAGGAUACAAGAUGUGUUUCCCUCUUUGAUCACUAUUAAUAUUUUAAAAAGGGUUUCUUGGAAUA